UUACGGCUCUUAGCGUAAAAUCAUACUACAUUGAAACAUAAACGAACAUUUAAAUGAAACAUCCAGUAAUAUAGGCAAUAUGAUAUAUUUCAUAGAGGACAUAAUGGAAGAUUUUCUUAAAAAAACCUAUAAUUAUAAUUCGACUACCACCUGCUAAAUUAAAUCAAAGGCUAUGGAUCAACACCAUGAUGUUCCGAAGCCAUAUCUGGAGCUCCUAAGUGACAUUCAAAAGAAGCAGCUACCAGGAUACCAGCUUCCGAUCGAAGUUCAGGAUCAUAAGAACUUAAAAGAAAUUCAAAAUGUGGAGCUUGAGGAUCAGGAGAAAUUGGCCAUCGAAAUUCCUGGUCUGGAGAAGAAGCCUUCAAUUAAAGUUGAGGAUAACGUGGAACAGUUGGACCUCCAGCAGGUGCUUGCCAAUGAAGUUCAGGAUGUGGAGACGCAGUCACCAUCUGGAAACCUUGCUAAGCCCGCCUCUCAGCCAUUCAUUCAUCGUCAUAGUGGCAAAAUUCCGCCCAUGCCGUCGGAAGAAACAAUGCGACAUUCGAUAGCCGACAACUUAAUGGAGAUAUUGGUAAAUAUGGUUAGUCUGCCGUACCGACAACAGUGCUUUGAACUCUUGCAGGUGAGCGAUCCUCUACAGGCACGCAGCCGAAUCCUGAGUAUCCUGCAGCAAAUCGAUGAGGAGCGUAGGGCUCCAAUAUAAAUAACCAUAGAUUCAUAAAUGAAUGCCUACCUACAUUAAAAUCAACCGUCCAUACAUCAAUAUCGGCUGUAUUCACUGCUUUUACACACCGUUUGCCUUCCGAACCACCACGUUCACAUAUCUUAUUUAUUACAUAGCUUUGUC